GAAAAAAUGCAUGUGACCCGGAAAAGGUAUUUUUAUUUUCCUCUUGACACGUAGCAGCAAAAUUGGAAGUGUACAUGGGAGAAAAGAAAGUGUUAGAGGGUUGAAACUUGCUUUAUUAUAGGUGGUUAUCAUUCUGAAAGCUACGGUUUGGUGUGGGAGGACCUACGACAAGGCCUUUUAUUUGCAGAGUACCUUGAUAUAAAUAAAGGGCUAUUGAAAAUGUCAGGCUUUGACAACUUCAACACGGAUUUCUACCAGACCAGCUACAGCAUUGAUGACCAAACUCAAAACGCAUAUGAUUACAAUAAUGCAGCCGACCCCUACAAUAACAGGCCAUAUGGAAACUAUGACUAUUCCCAGCAGGCAGGCUGUGGCAGUCCUGGAAUGAUGCAGCCUCAGCAGCCCUACACUGGCCAGAUCUACCAACCAACACAGACCUUCACUCCAGCCUCUGCACAAUCAGUGUAUGGCAGCAGUUUUGAGGAUGAGCCUCCAUUACUAGAGGAAUUGGGAAUCAACUUUGACCACAUCUGGCAAAAGACCCUGACAGUGCUACACCCUCUCAAAGCAGCAGAUGGCAGCAUCAUGAAUGAAACGGACCUGGCUGGGCCAAUGGUCUUCUGUCUGGCGUUUGGAGCCACUUUGCUGCUGGCUGGAAAAAUACAGUUUGGUUAUGUAUAUGGAAUUAGUGCGAUUGGCUGCUUGGGAAUGUACUGCUUGCUGAACCUCAUGAGUAUGACAGGAGUUUCAUUCGGCUGUGUGGCCAGUGUUCUGGGCUACUGUCUGUUGCCAAUGAUUAUUUUGUCCAGCUUCGGUGUGCUGUUCUCGCUACAGGGGAUGAUGGGUAUCGUUAUCACAGCUGUGAUUAUCGGAUGGUGUUGUUUUUCUGCCUCAAAAAUCUUCAUCUCUGCUUUAGCCAUGGAAGGACAGCAGCUUUUGGUGGCAUAUCCCUGUGCCCUUUUAUAUGGAGUUUUUGCUUUGAUUUCUGUCUUCUGAACUCAGGACAGUAGUUUGACAGACAAAAGAAAAAACUAGGACAAGUAACAAAAUGUGCACCCAUCCUGAAGCCUGGCAUAAUGUUUGGCACAUUCCACUUCAGACUACCUGAGGGAUCAACAGAAAUCCAAAAAUGUGCAUAUCCAGCUACUUUUCUAAAGGUCCUCUGGAGUCCGAUACAGUAACAGUAGGUUUAAUUUGCUGAUACAAUGCUGUACUUAUGUGGGUGUACAGUUUUCGUAUUCUUCUAUAUAUUCUAGAUAAAGUUUGUGGCCAUUUUAGAAAUGAUCAUAGGUAAAGAACUGUUAAUGUGUGAAGAAUUUCAUUCCAAAAAAGUUUUUUUCUUCAGUCUGUAUACAUUAAUGUAUUUGACAUCUGAUAUAUAGUCCCAUGGCUUUUGUAAGAUUUCAAAUUUAUUUACAUGUGUGAGGAUAAUUGUUUUUUCACCGUAAUAUACAGUUAAAAGACCUUGUUUUAGAAUUGCUGCAUUUUAAUUGCUAAGAUUUAACUCUUGGACGGGUACUUUACUGGUUUGUGACGGAGCCAGAAAACAAAUAAAAACAUCACCAUAAUGCAGUAAUGAAAUGUAUUCCUUUUAAAUAUUUUUUCCCCCAUUGCAUUAAGAACACCUUCUACAGGCAGUAUGUGUUCUGUGUUUCACAUGUGUGAACGUGUAUUACUGGGGAACACCCUGUGACAGGUACUGCGAUAGUAGUACAUACUGGUAUAUUUAUCUCUGAUCUUGAUCAGAUUAUCUUAAAACCCACAUUGAAAAAAGGUUAAGAAUUCUGUUUUUGAUGGUGUUUGUCAUGCUUUGCCAGUUCUCACACACAUAUGAACUUUUUCGCACUGGAACAGUUGUUGAUAACAGUAAUGCAUUUCCCCAGAGCACUUUGCAACGUUGUGGUCCAUAUUCCCUAAUCUUCAGUUUGUCUUUUUGUCGUCUUCCUGCACAAACCAGAAUUGGCUAACCCGGAUUGUUAACUAAACAGGUCGGCCACACGUCAAAUUGUUUCAUCUGCUGAAAGGUUCGCUUGUGGGGUUCCACUGCUCAACGGAUGUUUUGAGAACUGCUCUUUGGAAGCUGCAAGAUGCCAUGAGAAUGAGCCACCCCAUUGUUGGAUUGCUCUAAGUUCUCACGAAAGAGAGAGGAAGGAGCACUAAAAAAAGUCCAUUAAGAAAGGCGAGGGAAUUGCUGAUGGUCUUUAAACAGAGCCGAGGUUUGCAACCUCAUUAUGUGCUAUUUGAAGGUUUGCAGGGAAUCUUCAGGGACAACCCACCUCCAUAUGCAGUUAAUGGGAGGCCCACGUUUGGAUAUAUCUUUCAGUACGUCCUGUAAAAACUUCUAAUACAUUUUGCCAGUUCAACAGGAAACAUCCAUGUAUUUAUUAUAUUCCUAAAAUCUCAUUAAGUGUAAGGAAUCCAAUUUUAUCUAUCUUACAUUUUCCCAUAGUGUUCAAGUAGUGCAUAUUUUUGUACAUGGUCAAUAUAACCAAGACGGUUCAUAUUCUUUAUGUUUUGGGGAAAAAAGACUGGACAGAGCUUCAGCCAUGACAAUUUGUUUUAUAUCUAUAAAUCAAAUUGCAUUUGAACUGGUGGCAAACAAAUGUCUCCAAUGUUCCAGCAAAGAAAGUAUUUACUGUAUAAUUUGUUUUGUACAUUUGAAGUCCUUAAAUUUCGUUAUCUAUUGUCAUAUGGAACGUAAAAAUAAAAGCGUGCAAUUUAA